AUGGACGAAGAGUAUGAUAUCGUUAUUUUGGGUACUGGGCUAAAGGAAUGCAUUCUGAGCGGGCUUAUGUCCGUUUCCGGCAAGAAAGUCCUACAUAUGGACCGAAACAGUUAUUACGGCGGUGAGAGUACUUCCGUCACUCCGCUAGAUGAACUGUUCAAGCGCUUCAAUAAAACGUGCCCUGGUGAGCAGGUCUACAAACGUCUUCGAGAUUGGAAUGUUGAUCUUAUCCCUAAGUUCCUCAUGGCCGAUGGCAAGCUCGUGAAGCUUCUUCUUCACACUGGCGUAACACGCUAUCUUGAGUUCAAGUCCGUUGGAGGUAGCUAUGUGUACAAGGGAACCGUUGAUUCUGGGAGAAUUUGCAAGGUUCCUAGCAAUGAACGUGAAGCUCUUUCCUCAGAUCUUAUGGGUAUGUUUGAGAAGCGUCGCUUCAGGAAAAUGCUCAUAUUUACGGAUGGUGUUGAUGAAAACAAGCCUGACACUUGGGGAGAACUACCCUUGAACAAGUGCACGAUGCAGGCCGUAUUUGACAAGUUUGGGGUUGAUAACAACACUCAGGAUUUCGUUGGUCACGCCAUUUGUCUCUAUCGGAAUGAUGAUUACAAGCGCAACUUGUGUGCUCUGGAUGCCAUUAGGCGGAUGAAGCUCUAUAGUGAUUCACUGAGUCGUUACGGUUCUUCUCCCUACCUCUACCCCCUCUAUGGGUUGGGCGAACUGCCCCAAGGUUUUGCACGUCUCUCCGCUGUAUAUGGCGGCACCUACAUGUUAAACAAACCAUUCGAAGGGUUUGUCAUGGAGAACGGCAAGGUUGUUGGUGUAAAAUCGGAGGGCGAGGUGGCCAGAUGCACCAAGGUCAUUUGCGACCCCAGUUAUGCGCCUGAUCUUGUUCGACAGGUUGGAAAGGUUGUGCGUGCCAUCUGCAUUCUGGAUCAUCCUAUCGAUGGUACGAACAACAGUACCUCGUGCCAAAUUAUUAUCCCCCAGAACCAAGUUGGUCGGAAGCACGACAUCUACGUUUCCUGCGUGUCGCAUGACCACAACGUGGCAGCAAAGCCCUUCUUUAUCGCCCUUGUUGCCACCACCGUGGAAACCCAACAGCCGGAGCGUGAGUUGGUUCCCGGCAUUCGUCUUCUAGGCCACAUGAUGGACUGUUUCGUCUCCGUUUCAAAUCUUUACGAGCCUAUCAACGAUGGCAAGGCAAAUAAUAUUUUCGUAUCUUCGAGUUAUGACGCCACUACGCACUUUGAGACGACCUGCGACGACGUUCUCGACAUCUACGAGCGGAUCAUGGGCGAGAAAUUUGACUUCAGCAAGGUGAAGGCAAACUUGGACGAUGAGCAGUAA